GACCUAACCUCAAAUAACUAAAUCAAAGAAACUAAUCGAAAUAACCUCGUUCUCUUUUAUUCUAUUUGCAUUGGCUUCUACGUUAAGCAGUAGAGAAGCAUCACAAAAUGUCGUCCCAUUUAAAUUGGAUGAUUGUCCGCAAUAACAACGCAUUUCUUCUUAAGAAACGUAACAUUAGCAAGCCAUUUUCAACGGAAACAAAUAAUUUAACAAAUCUGAGCAGUUUUCGAUACUCUGGGCUUGUUCAUCGCAAAAGUAUCGGUGUAGUUGAUACACCCGAUAGGAAAGGUUUCACCGUUGUAUAUAAGAAAACGAAAAAUAUAAAUAAACUUGCAAAGGCAACCGUUAAGAGCACAAUGAAGGCUGGUCCACGCAGAUCCUUAUACAAAUUAAAAAAUCUAUUAAAGAAAAAUAAAUACCGUCUUGAUCUUACAAAGGUGGCAUUGCGUCGAGCUAGUGCGAUAUUGCGCUCGCAAAAACCAUUACCUACAAAAAAAACAAGAGUUACUAAAAAAGCUGAAUAAUGCCCUACUUAAAAUAAAAUGUUCACGGAAUAAACAAUUAUUCUCUUUA